AUGUACUUGAAAGCAAAAGAUUAUGAUGAAUCGUUGCCAAGUGAAGGGCCAGAUCCAGAAUCCCGUUGGGGUUUGAUAUUUGAUGGAGCUGUUAAUUCUUAUGGUAAUGGAAUUGGGGAAGUCAUUGUCACUCUUCAAGUUUCUCAUAUUCCAUUUACUGCAAGAUUGACAUUCACUUGUAGAAACAACGUGGCAGAAUAUGAAGUGUGCAUUAUGGGUCUGGAAGAGGCUAUCGACUUGAGAAUAAAAAUUCUUGACGUAUAUGGAGAUUCAGCUUUGGUGAUUAAUCAUAUCAAAGGAGAAUGGGAAACCUGUCAGCCUGGCUUGAUUCCUUACAAAGAUUAUGCGAGGAGGCUGUCAACAUUCUUCAACCAAAGUGAAUUUCAUCAUAUACCUCGUGAGGAGAAUCAGAUAGAAGAUGCUCUGGCAACUUUAUCCCCCAUGAUUGUUAUGAACCGGUGGAAUGAUGUGCCUACAAUAAAUGUUAUGCGCCUCGACAGACCUGCUCAUGUGUUCGCCGUAGAAGAGUUCAUUGAUGGCAAACCAUGGUAUCAUGAUAUUAAAUGCUUUAUUCAAAGACAAGAGUACCCACCCGGGGCAUCAAACAAAGAUAAGAAGACUCUUAUAAGGUUGGCUGGUACCUUCUUUCUGAAUGAAGAUGUGUUGUACAAAAGAAACUUUGACAUGACACCAACUGGUUACGAUGAUGCUGCCUCUCCACCUCAUCCUACCCCGUCCGCAGAAUCGGCAGUACCUGAUCUUAGACAUCAUAUGCCCGGAACUGAUUAUAAUACCGCUAUUCAAGCCUUGAUGUCCGAACAAGAUGCCAUUAGAGAAGAGUUAACUAUGAUGGGACAUGAAUUUAUGGAAUACAUGAGUUGA